GUUGAGAGAUGAGAUUCUCAGGAACAACAAACAUAUGCGAGUUGAUCAGCAUUGGUCUGAGAAGAAGCUGGGAAAGAUGACUGAUAAAGAUUGGAGGAUUUUUCGGGAGGAUUUUAAUAUAUCGUAUAAGGGCUCCAAGAUUCCGAGACCUAUGAGGAGUUGGGCUGAGAGUGGGUUGAGUGACUUGUGUCCCCAGCUUUUGAAAGCUGUGGUGGAUAGGGCCGGUUACAAGACGCCGUCUCCUAUUCAGAUGGCUGCCAUUCCGCUUGGUCUUGAGCAGCGUGAUGUUAUCGGGGUUGCACAGACUGGCUCGGGUAAAACUGCUGCUUUUGUGAUUCCUAUGUUGACUUAUAUAACUAGGUUGCCUCCUAUUACUGAAAGGGCUGAGGGGGGGCCUUAUGCGGUUGUUUUGGCACCUACUAGAGAACUUGCACAGCAGAUUGAGAAAGAGACUGUUAAGUUUGCUCAUUAUUUAGGUAUUAAAGUCGUCUCCGUAGUUGGUGGCCAGUCGAUUGAGGAACAAGGGUUUAAGAUUAGCCAAGGGUGUGAGGUUGUCAUUGCUACCCCCGGUCGUUUGCUUGAUUGUUUGGAGAGGCGGUAUGCUGUUUUGAAUCAGUGCAACUAUGUUGUCCUUGAUGAGGCUGACCGUAUGAUUGACAUGGGUUUCGAGCCACAAGUUGUGGGUGUUCUUGAUGCAAUGCCAUCAACUAACUUCAAACCGGAGAAUGAAGAUGAAGAGCUCGAUGAGAAGAAGAUAUAUAGAACCACUUGUAUGUUUAGUGCUACUAUGCCUGCUGCUGUGGAGAGGCUAGCUACAAAGUACUUGAGGAACCCUGUUGUGGUUACGGUUGGAACUGCAGGGAAGGCUACUGAUCUCGUUACUCAACAUGUUAUCAUGGUGAAGGAAUCGGAGAAAAUGCCUAGGCUGCAAAGAUUGCUGGAUGAACUUGUGGAUAAGACCGCCAUUGUGUUUGUAAACACUAGAAUAUCUGCUGAUCGUGUGUCCAAGACUUUGGAAAAGGCGGGUUACCGUGCUACAACUUUUCACGCUGGCAAGUCACAAGAGCAAAGAGAAAUCCGUCUUGAAGCCUUCAGGACUAAAAGAUUUAAUAUUUUAGUUGCCACCAAUAUUGCAGGACGUGGGAUUGAUAUACCGGAUGUGGCUCAUGUUAUAAACUACGAUAUGCCAGAGACUAUUGCAGAUUAUACUCAUCGUAUAGGACGUACAGGGCGUGCUGGGAAGACGGGCACAGCUACAACAUUCUUGACUCUUCAAGAUUCUAAGGUUUUUUAUGAUCUCAAGCGGAUGCUUAUAGAUAGCAAUAGUUAUGUGCCUCUUGAACUUGCUAGACAUGAGGCUUCUAAGUUCAAGUCCUCAUCGAUUCCUGAUAGACCACCUAGAAGACUACACGGUGUUUGGGCAUAAGGCAUAUGUGCUAGUAAUGAUUUAACGAUUUUUUAUUACAUUGAGAACUGAAUCUGGAAAUAUGUUGCCUGGUUUUGAUGAAGCUAAGUAUUCCAGAAAAUUUUAUAAACGAUCGUUUAUUGACCUGUUUGUUGCUGUGCGCACAACACUAAUUUCCUGAGGACUAGAAAUAUUCUUAAAGUUCAAGCCAGGUUU